CCACUACAACAACCCCCUCCCUCCACACUUUGAAUACACAUUUUUUAUUACAGUCUCAUGGAAGAUCACCUCAACUGUAUUCUUGAUUGCCCAUAUUUGUUCCAAGAAAAGAACAUAGAAGAACUAAAGCACUCACUAUGGUCAACAACAAUGGAGCUUGAAGCAAACAGAAUAAGGGUCCAAGAACAGAUCAAAGCAAGAGAUGCUCAAUUAACUCAACUCAAACAUCUUCUCAACAACGCGGUUAGCGAACGAAACGAAGCUCGAAACAACUACCAAUCCCUCCUCUUAGACAAACUUCUUCUCCAACACCAACUCCACCAUCAAACCACCACAGCUCUGCCACACUCCAGUGUUUCAUGUGUUGAAGAUGACCCCAUCAGUGAAGAAAGCAUUGAAAAUCCAGUGCAAGUGCCACAGGUGCCGACGAAGGGGUUGCCGGAAAAUGGGAAGUUUUUAGAAGCUGUGAUGAAUGCAGGGCCAUUGUUACAGAACCUUCUCCUGGCUGGAUCACUUCCGAAUUGGCGUCAACCGCCUCCGCCACUAGACGGGCUCCAGAUACCGUCUCCGCCGUUGGUGGUCCCGACUCGGCCAGCCCAUCAUCUACUCAGUCAAGAUUAUUUACAUAAUGUUAGUAGUAAUUGUUUGUUUAAGAAGAAAAGGGGUAUUUCUGAAGACACUGUUUCUUCCACAAAUACCAAGUACCAAAGAAUUUCCCUUAAUUAUGAUAAAUAAAAAUAUUUAAAAAUAGUUAAUUUUA